AUGGGCAAUUACUUGUCGCUACUGGGUCAAUCGUUCCCGUCCAAGUCGGCUUUUCUCGUCGAUGAUAUCCCCGACCUGACGGGGAAGGUCAUAAUCGUCACUGGAGCUAACACUGGGAUUGGUAAAGAGACAGCGAAGACCUUGUUGGCCCAUGGUGCCAAGGUAUAUGUAGCUGCCAGAAGCCAAGAGAAGGCAGAGGUAGCCAUCAAGGAUCUGAAAGACAGCACUGGGGGGGAGGCCCUCUUUCUAAAACUUGACCUCGGAGACUUGAAGUCUGUGAAAGCUGCCGCGGAAGAAUAUAUCAGCAAAGAGACCAAGUUGGACGUUCUGUUUAAUAGCGCGGGAGUCAUGUUCCCUCCAACAGACUGGUUAACUGCGGACGGAUAUGACCUUCAGUUUGGAACGAAUGUCCUCGGGCACUUCUACUUUACUAAGCUGCUAUUGCCCACACUCAUCGCUACCGCGAAGUCUGCACCUGAUGGCAAAGCUCGCGUCAUUACAACUUCGUCCUCAGCACACAUGCUGUGUGGUCUCAAUUUUUCCGCAUUUAAAGACAGUCCUGCCCGCAAGAAGAUGUCUGCUAGUGCACUUUAUGGGCAGAGCAAAACUGCAACAUUUGAACUCGCAAGGCGCUACGGUUCAGAAGGCAUCGUUUCCAUACCCCUGAACCCAGGUAACAUCAAAACAGACUUGGCACGCCACAUGCCGUCUUUUCAACGUAGUAUUUUGAAUUUGUUCCUCUACGAUGUCGAACAUGGAGCACUAACCCAACUCUAUGCCGGUACUGCUCCAGAAGCUGUGGGGUUAAACGGCAAGUAUCUCGUUCCUUGGGCGAGGGUUGGUCCAACUCGAAACGAUGCUCGGGAUCCCAAGACAGGGGUGGCUCUAUGGGAAUGGCUUGAGGAACAGGUCAAGGAUAUUUGA